AUGGGGAAAGGACUUGCUGAGUUUGAUCUUACGAAGAAAGUUGUUCUUGUCUCGGGCGCUGCUCGUGGCUUGGGCUUGACACAGGCUGAAGCUCUAUUGGAAGCGGGCGCUAUCGUGUAUGCACUUGAUCGGCUUGAAGAACCAUCACCAGAGUUCUCUCGCAUCCAAAAACGGGCCAAAGAGGAGCUUAACACCAGCCUCGAAUAUCGCAGAAUUGAUGUGAGAAAUACAGAGGAUCUCAACAAGGUUGUCGAUGACAUUGCCAACGCAGAAGGGCGCAUUGAUGGCCUGAUCGCAGCGGCAGGCAUUCAACAGGAAACGCCUGCUCUUGAAUAUACGGCGCAAGACGCCAACAUGAUGUUCGAGGUGAACAUUACAGGAGUGUUUAUGACAGCGCAGGCCGUUGCAAAGCAGAUGAUCCGGCUUAAGAAGGGCGGGAGCAUCGUCCUGAUCGCGAGCAUGAGCGGCACCAUUGCAAACCGGGGUCUGAUAUGCCCCGCGUACAACGCGAGCAAGGCUGGCGUUAUCCAGCUGGGCCGCAACCUUGCUUCGGAAUGGGGCCAGUACGGCAUCCGCGUCAACACGAUCUCGCCUGGCUACAUUGUCACCGCUAUGGUUGAGCAGCUGUUUGUGCAGUACCCAGAACGCAAGACCCAGUGGCCGACCGAGAAUAUGCUUGGCCGCUUGAGCACCCCCGAUGAGUACCGUGGGGCGGCGGUGUUUCUCAUCAGCGACGCAAGUAGUUUUAUGACUGGCAGCGAUUUGAGAAUGGACGGUGGCCACGCUGCCUGGUAA